GGGCCAAAUGGAACUUCCGUUAUGCUCUGGAAACUGUUUUUGGUUUUAAGGUAAUUGUGACCUUGACCUUUGACCUAGUGACCCCAAAAUCAAUAGGGGUCUUUUGCCCAAUAUGGACAAUCAUCCUAUGAAGUUUGAAUAUUGUGUUUUACAGUAUCAAGGAAAUAGUGACCUUGACCUUUGACCUUGUGACCCCAAAAUCAAAAGGGGUCUUCUACCCAAUAUGGACAAUCAUCCUAUGAAGUUUGAACAUUGUGGGUCGUAUGGAACUUAAGUUAUGCUCCGGAAACUGUUUUCAGUUUUAAGGUCAUAGUGACCUUGACCUUUGACCUUUUGACCCCAAAAUCAAUAGGGGUCUUCUACCCAAUAUGGGCAAUCAUCCUAUGAAGUUUGAACAUUGUGGGCCAAAUGGAACUUAAGUUAUGCUCCGGAAACCAAAUUGCUAACGGACGGACGGACGUACGGACGGACAGACAAACGGACGCCAGGGGGUAUAACAUAAUAUGCCCUUUCGGGCAUAUAAAAAUGGAUAAGACACAGAAGGAACACAUUCUCUUGGAGUACUAUUUUGAUGUAAAAAAUCCUGGAAGUUAUUUAGGUGCUACAAAGUUGUUAAAACUAUUAUCUGAAAAAUACCCUGGAGUAUUUAGUUUGAAUUUCAUCAAGAAAUGGUUGAAUAAUCAAGAUGCGUAUGCAGUACAAAAACAAAUAAGACAUAGAUAUAAUACCCCAAAUGUACAAGUAGCAGGUUUAAACGAUCAAGCUGAUAUGGAUCUUAUGUCAGUUGAAAAUAUUUCAAAAUAUAAUGAUGGAAUAAAAUACUUAUUAGUUGUAAUAUAUAUUUUCUCUCGUUUUCUAUUAGUUCAACCACUUCUUAAUAAAAAGACACACACUGUUUUAUCAGCUGUCAUGUCGAUAGAUGUCUGCACUGAUUUUACGCCCAAAGUAGGUAGCAGAUACAAAAAUAUCAAAUACAUGGCAGUUUUCUUUGCGUUUUCUUCCUUUUACCGUUUUUUCUUCUACUGCGUGUUAUAAUAUAUAAAGUUCAAGGUCAAACUUGUUAUCGCUUAAUUAACUCAAAUAAUUUAAUGUAGCGAAAAGAUAUGAAAGGUUGUAAGGUACUAAAUGUUACAUGUGAUAGAGAAAAAAAGGUGUUGUUUCAGCUGAGCUUCAUUUUCUUGCAGCAAUAUUAACUACUUCAUCAUUUGCGGCACUUGUAGGAUUAGUUCAUUUACGUUUACCAUUCCGUAAAAUAGAUAUAAAAAAAAAAAAAAAAACGACAAUAGUUUAAUAAUGCAAAUACUUUAACUCGUUUGGUUGAUUAUCCAAUGUAAAUUUGUUUUCAGAGAUGUUUAUUACAGAACCAAUGGAAAAGUAAAUUAAGUAAAUUGAUGUAAAGAUAUAAAACACUAACCAAUGAAAAUGCCCCUAAUAUAGAUGCUUUUUAAUGAACCAAUCACAAGGGUAGUAUAUUUUCAGUUUAAAAAAUUGACCACGAAAGAACAUCAGCUGAUGACUAUAAAACAUUUUGUUUUUAAACAAUUUCCUCAAAUUAUUCAUUGAGUUUACUGCUUACUAUUCAUUGAGUUUAUUGGUUACUAUUCCUUGUUUAAAAAUGGCUAGUUUCACCGAAAAGAGAAGUUAUGAUAACAGAAUAGUUAAAGCAUCUUCCCAAUUUGGGAAAAAUAAGGAGAUAUGUAUCACCCCGUUUAACGGGAGGACAUAUGUGCAUAUAUCAGACAAAAAAGGCUGCUUCAAUAGCCCUGGGGGAAAAUUCGAUUUUUCAAAAUCAAAAUCUAUAACAUUUAAUAAAGAUGAGAUUGAAGAACUUCGGAAAUUACUCCUAAGAGUGGAACAUUAUGCGGAUAUAUUCAACAGUACAUCACCACAGUGCUAACAUUUUAUCUUAAGGAUGUGAAACAUAUGUUCUGAAAUAUUCAAUAUUUAUUCAGUUUAUUCAUGUUCAUAUUUUCUAAAAAAACCCACAUCUGCAGGUACAGCAGCAACAACCUCAACAACAGCAUCAGCAGCAGAUGCAAGAACCUCAACAACAGCAUCAGCAGCAGAUGCAACAACCUCAACAACAGCAUCAGCAGCAGAUGCAAGAACCUCAACAACAGCAUCAGCAGCAGAUGCAAGAACCUCAACAACAGCAUCAGCAGCAGAUGCAACAACCUCAACAACAGCGACAGCAGCAGAUGCAAGAACCUCAACAACAGCGACAGCAGCAGAUGCAAGAACCUCAACAACAGCGACAGCAGCAGAUGCAAGAACCUCAACAACAGCAUCAGCAGCAGAUGCAAGAACCUCAACAACAGCAUCAGCAGCAGAUGCAACAACCUCAACAACAGCGACAGCAGCAGAUGCAAGAACCUCAACAACAGCGACAGCAGCAGAUGCAAAAACCUCAACAACAGCGACAGCAGCAGAUGCAAGAACCUCAACAACAGCGACAGCAGCAGAUGCAAGAACCUCAACAACAGCGACAGCAGCAGAUGCAACAACCUCAGCAGCAGCAGAUGCAAGAACCUCAACAACAACAGCAGCAGCAGCAGAUGCAACAACCACAGCAGCAGCAGAUGCAACAACCACAGCAGAUGCAACAACCUCAACAACAACAGUAGCAGCAGAUGCAACAACCACAGCAGAUGCAACAACCACAGCAGAUGCAACAUCCACAGCAGAUGCAACAACCACAGCAGAUGCAACAACCACAGCAGAUUGUUUCUGCUCAAGCCGUAAGUUUAUGUGCAAGAUUCAUC